UAGUUUGUGUUCUUCUCUUCUCUUCCUCAAAUCUCACCUUUAAUUCCCUUUCACCUCCUUGAUGGCUAUGGCAAAAGAUAAAAACCCUUUUGAGAUUCCCAGUUUCGAGCUUAACAAAACCCUGAAAUCCAAAGUUUUUGAUCCGAACAAGAAAAGGAAGUUACAAGUUGAUCAAUUGGGUUUGCCUUAUCCGAAGCAUCUGUGUAGUACAAGUAACCGGGGUCCUGAUUCUGAUGAUUCCAUGAAGAUGGAUUCUGAAAAAGUCAAUACCCUUUUCAGAAUAGAAGAAAACCCACCAAAGGAAUUUCAAUUAUAUGAUUCUCAGAAUUUUAACGAGACAGUUGAAGAACUAGAAGAUUUUAUGUACUCAAACGUUGAUGAUGAAUCUUCUAGUGAUUUUGUUCUUUCAACUGGAAGAUGGAAUAUUAACCAAAAAAAUUCUCAAGAAGGGUUGAUCAAGAAACCAACAAUUGAUCAAGAGUUUGAAGAAUACUUCUCUAUGCUUAUGCUUUAGAUUGAAGAAUAAAUGAAGCAAGGAUGAAGAUGAAGAUGAAGAUGAAGAUGAAGAUGAAGA